AUGAAGAAGAAAAGGAAGCACGCCACGGAUCUGUCCGCACGUGCAGGUCUCGUGUUUCCAGUCAAGCACUUUCAGCAAACAUUCAGCGACGGAAAGCUCGCGCAGACAGUCGACGAAGAAGGGGCAGUGUUUUUCACCGGUGUGUUGGAGUUCCUUGUGGCCGAGAUCCUGGCUUUGGCAGGACAAGAUGCUGUACUUAAGCAAUCCAAUAAGAUCACAUUACAUCAUCUCCCUGGACUACAGGACAGAAGGAGAUACGCCGAGUUGCUGGAACGCACCAAAGAAGAGGAGGAAGAAGUCGGUGUAGCGACGUAG